CACGGAGGCUGCUUCCGAGAGGCCGUCUCCUGACGCCGGCGUGCACAGGGCAGUUCCCGGGCUGCUCAGACCAUGGCCUGCCGUCAGCUCUGGGAAGCAGGCGCUGCAUCUGCUCGCUGGUUUUGUAAUCAACCACGAAUGAUGAAACCUUCCGUAGCUGAGGUGCUUCACAGAGGGAGGAUGUUGUGGAUAAUUCUUCUAAGCACAAUUGCUCUGGGAUGGACUACCCCGAUUCCCCUGAUAGAGGACUCAGAGGAAAUAGAUGAGCCCUGCUUUGAUCCAUGCUACUGUGAAGUUAAAGAAAGCCUCUUUCAUAUACAUUGUGACAGUAAAGGAUUUACAAAUAUUAGUCAGAUUACUGAAUUUUGGUCAAGACCUUUUAAACUGUAUCUGCAGAGGAAUUCAAUGAGGAAGUUAUACACCAACAGUUUUCUACAUUUGAAUAAUGCCGUGUCCAUUAACCUUGGGAACAAUGCUUUGCAGGACAUUCAGAUGGGAGCUUUCAAUGGUCUUAAGAUCUUAAAGAGGCUGUACCUCCACGAGAAUAAGCUAGAUGUCUUCAGAAACGACACCUUCCUUGGCCUGGAGAGUCUGGAAUAUCUGCAGGCAGAUUACAAUGUCAUUAAGCGCAUCGAGAGUGGGGCGUUUCGGAACCUGAGUAAACUGAGGGUUCUGAUUUUGAACGAUAACCUCAUUCCCAUGCUCCCCACCAACCUAUUUAAGGCUGUCUCUCUAACUCACCUGGACUUACGUGGGAACAGGUUAAAGGUUCUUUUCUACCGAGGAAUGCUGGAUCACAUAGGCAGAAGCCUGAUGGAGCUCCAGCUGGAAGAGAACCCCUGGAACUGCACCUGUGACAUCGUGCAGCUGAAGAGCUGGCUGGAGCGCAUUCCUUACACCGCCCUGGUGGGGGACAUCACCUGCGAGACGCCUUUCCACUUCCACGGGAAGGACCUGCGCGAGAUCAGGAAGACGGAACUCUGCCCGUUGCUGUCUGACUCUGAGGUGGAGGCGAGCUUGGGGAUCCCUCACCUGUCCUCAAGCAAAGAGAACGCAUGGCCAACCAAACCUUCCUCCAUGCUGUCCUCCGUCCACUUUACCGCUUCUUCCGUUGAAUACAAGUCCUCCAAUAAGCAGCCCAAGCCCACCAAGCAGCCCCGCACACCCAGGCCACCCUCCACGUCCCAAGCUUUGUAUCCUGGACCGAAUCAGCCUCCCGUCGCUCCUUACCAGACCAGACCCCCUAUCCCCAUCAUCUGCCCUACCGGAUGUACCUGCAAUUUGCACAUCAACGACCUUGGCUUGACUGUCAACUGCAAAGAGCGAGGAUUUAAUAACAUUUCUGAACUUCUUCCAAGGCCGCUGAAUGCCAAAAAACUGUACCUGAGUAGCAAUCUGAUUCAGAAAAUAUACCGCUCUGAUUUCUGGAAUUUUUCUUCUCUGGAUCUCUUGCACCUGGGGAACAACCGCAUUUCUUACGUCCAGGACGGGGCCUUCAUCAACCUGCCCAACCUGAAGAGCCUGUUUCUCAACGGCAACGACAUCGAGAGGCUCACCCCGGGCAUGUUCCGCGGCCUGCAGAGUCUGCACUACCUGUACUUCGAGUUCAACGUCAUCCGCGAGAUCCAGCCCGCGGCCUUCAGCCUCAUGCCCAACCUGAAGCUGCUGUUCCUCAACAACAACCUGCUGAGGACGCUGCCGACCGACGCCUUCGCGGGCACGUCGCUGGCCCGACUGAACCUGAGGAAGAACUACUUCCUGUACCUGCCCGUGGCCGGCGUGCUGGAGCACCUGAACGCCAUCGUGCAGAUCGACCUCAACGAGAACCCCUGGGACUGCACGUGCGACCUGGUGCCCUUCAAGCAGUGGAUCGAGACCAUCAGCUCGGUCAGCGUGGUGGGGGAGGUGCUGUGCGGGAGCCCCGAGAACCUCACGCACCGCGACGUGCGCUCCGUCGAGCUGGAGGCGCUGUGCCCCGAGCUGCUGCGCGCGGCCCCCGCGUCCCCGGCGCAG